GACAGCCUGCUUGAGGUCCCAACCGACAUCGCUCCAGGGUCAUACAGGGUGGUUACAUGCGGUGCCGAAUCCAUCCGUAAACCUAGCCCAGGCACUGCUUGGGUCGAGCUGGACUUAGUCGGCCUACAGCAGAGAUCUUUUGGACAUGGACGAUGAUAGCCCGGUUGCGUCACAGCCGGGUUACUACGCAACAGUCUCCAUGAAGCUUUUAUAACUGAUUCUCCGUGCCCCUGUCCUCCGGAUAUUCACUAAGCGCCAGGUUUCGAAACUUCCAAGCUUACCUGCAAUCACCACUCAAGAUGACUUGGAGCCGCUUGUUGCUGCUCAGCUCUCUGGGCUCGCCCUUGGCUUCGGCUUUGCCUGGCCAACUCUUCGCUCGCACUACCGAUGCUGCUGAGACAGCUACGGCUGCUGCUCCGCCUGUGGUGACCUACUCGACCUCUCAGGCGCAUACCCCAUACACCGGCACCCCGACCACUACCGGAGCCCUGACGGCUAGCUCCAUCGGUCCUGGAGUCUCGCCUCUGCCUCCUGCCCCGGGAGCGUUCGACUACCCCAGUGAUGGAGAGCUUCAUGCCCCUGAGCCCGGUCCAUACACCCCUGCAGGAGGUGUUGGAACCAACGGCACCGAACCCGUGUACAACGCAAAGAGUGACUUCGACUUCGAGUCGCUGGCUCUCGCUCUCUACCAGGAGUACAUUGAGCUCGAUCUGUUCCACGACGGAUUGGCUCGCUUCUCGGAGGAGGAUUUCACUGCUGCUGGACUGGACGCAGAAGAUCGCCAUCUGAUCGAGUUCAUGGCCAAUCAGGAAGUUGGACAUGCCACCAUGUUGACCAACAUCUUGGGCGCUGCGGCCCCCAAGCAGUGCAACUAUGUCUACCCUUACACCACUGUCCACGAGUUCAUCGACUUCUGCCAGAAGCUCACCCGCUUCGGCGAGGCCGGUGUCUACGGAUUCUUGGCCCACCUUGACUCCCGCGAGGCCGCAACCCUCCUUACGCAGUCCAUCACUACGGAAGCCAGACAGCAGCUCAUCUUCCGUCAGUUCGAAGGUCUCUUCCCCAUGCCGGUGUGGUUUGAGGUUGGUGUCCCCCAGUCCUGGGCUUGGACUCUUCUGGCUCCAUACAUUGCCGACUGCCCCGCCGACCAAACCCGCCUCGCCUGGCAGAACUUCCCUGCUCUGAGCAUCGUCAACCAGCCCAACCCCUUCCGGAUCAACGGCUCUGAGGCGUCUGGCGAGACCAUCAGCAACGGCACCAACGUGUCGAACAGCACGGUGGUUCCCGAGUCGGAGUCGUGCUUGAACUCCACCGAGGUUGGCAUCGACUGCUCGCCCGCGAUCACCCAUAACCGCACCAACCCCCUCUCCUACCCCGGCCGUCAAGUCUUCCUAACCUGGGAGGAGCCCGGCAAGGCCGUGGGCCCGAACAACAGCUACGUGACGUCGACCAGCGCGGGCGAGCCCAAGUUCGUCGCCUGGGCCUCGCAGCUGAACGUGACCUACUCUCCUCUGACCCUUAACGGAUCGAACUCGGGCUCGACCAUCCAGCCCGAUGUGUCGACCUACGCCGGUGACCCGGCCGCCAACGGCACUCUCUUCAUUGCCAUCACGGACUCGGACCUCUUCGUGACUCCGUUCAACAUCACCAUGCUGAACCCUCAUGUCGUGGCCGGGCCCGCUCUGUACCAGUCUGGUUAGGAGGAUGCCGGUGACGACAGAUAGACCGAGCUUGUUUUCAAAAGAGCAAUGAUUCACGAUACACGCAUGUU